AUGUCAAACACAGAUCAAUUACUAGAACAAUAUCAAGAUAACUUAUUAAGGAAAAAUCAAGGUGAAGAUAUCUCAUCUGAUGAAGAUCAAGAAUUAUUAGACCUAUUAGAAGAUGGAGAAGGAUUUGACAAUUAUAGAGAGAAAAGAAUUGAAGAAUUAUCAAAACAAAUGAAGGCAGCAUCUCAUAACAUUGAUCAGGGGUUUGGUCAUGUUGAAACUUUACUUAAUGAAGAAUCAGCUUUACAAAAAACAACAUCAACACCUCGUGUUGUAUUACAUUUUUUUCAUAAAGAUUUUACUAAAUGUCAAAAAAUGGAUGAGAAAUUAUCAAUAAUGGCUUCAAAACAUUUAUCAACUAAAUUUUUAAGGAUAAAUGUUGAAGAUGCUCCUUUUUUAGUUACAAGAUUGAAAAUUAAAGUACUUCCAAUGGUUCUUAUAUAUAUUAAUGGUGUUGAAUCAAAUAGAAUUAUUGGAUUUGAUAAAUUAAAUUUUGAUAAGAAUGCUCAAGAUUUCCAAAUUGAAUCAUUGGAAAAGUUUUUAUUAGAUAAUGGUAUGUAUAUUAUAUGCUCUAUAUGUUUUUUGAUUAUGAAUACUAACUCUUUAUAG